AUGUUGACUGUCCCACCAAACUCGGGAAUUUAUUUCAUUAAGAAUUCUGUGUCCAUACCAUACACUUAUCUAAAGUCAAAAAAUUUUGAAAAAAUAUUGGUUCUUUCAAUACAAUAUUUUUUUUAUUCACAGGUUAUCAACUCAGGUUAUUGUGCAAGAGCCAAGAUUGAUGCAUGUCAGAGUAUGAUCAUCAUCCUUAAGGGACUUCCCAAUCUUCCAGAGUUACAGAGAACUGUGUUGUCCAAACCGGCUGCUCCAUUGGUCACAGAUCUGGCUGCUGCUGAUUCUUUGUGGAAUUGUGCAGCAUUGGAGUGUUUAUAUGAAUACUUAAAGGUGUCUCCUGGACAGUGCUUACCUCACAAGACUGUGCUUGAGGAGCAUAUUCUUGGGUACUUAGACAAUCCUUUAACAAGAGUGGGACAAAGUGAUGCAGUAUCCAGGGCAGGAAAAGUGUUUGCUGCAUUGCCAUUACCAGGAAUGGGAGGCAGCGGGGCCCAGGGCCGGGCUGAGGCCAGAGGAAGGCAGCUUACCCAGCUCUUGGCUGUUGCCCAUAGUCUCAUGGACUAUCUAUUUGAUGGCAUUGUAGAAAGAGAGUCAUACAGGCACACAAGAGAGUACACUAUACAUUUGGCACCUCUUGAAUCCCUAGGAGAAAUCAGCACAGAUCCCCUCCAGACUCGCUUGGCUGCGGUGACACGACUUGUAAAUUCCUUGAAGUUUAUAGCUGAAAUGAUUACUGCAGAUGUCAAUGAAUCUGUGACAAUUGCUCCUCAUGACCUGUUAGGUGUAAUUUUUAGGUUGUUGCAGGCAGACAUUCGAACUCUGUCCAAGUAUCUGAGUCAAGAGCACAAGAUGUUAACCUUCCUAAUGCCAUCUCUUCACCAACACUGCCUUCUCUUACUAAGAGAUGUCUUGUUAAGUAUUGGUGAAAGUGUUGACAUGUACUUUGGAGUGAUUGCCAAUCUUCUGCUCUCAACCAUAAAAACAACGACAAUAGAUAACCAGCCAGAAUGGUGUACAAGUGGUCAACAGACGAGAAUCAUUGCAUACUCUGUUAUGUCUACUGUUGUAGAAGUGUCUUGUGGCAGGCACCAACCAAACCCUUAUUUGGUCACCCUAAUUCUUGACGAUGUGAUCCCUAAGGCCCAACGAGUUACAUUACAGAACAAACAGAAUAAGGGACUGGCUUCCCUAUCUCUCUCAAAAAAAAAGAGCAAGAAAAAGGGAUAUUCCGUAACUGUUGCAGACUGUGGAAGCAACACAAAUCCUCUGCCGUACCUCGAAUGCUUUUCCCGUGUAGCUAGAGUUGCACUGAGUCUAAUUGAAGCUUUAUUCACUUAUGCUACUCAUUCUAUGACACAAAAAAUUCAACAAUUACUUCAGACAAGUGUGAUGUCUGUUGCUGCAGCUGUGACAGGUGUUACUACAAUACCCAUUACAUAUAAGGAUGGGAAAACUCGAGCACAGCUGUAUAAAACACUGGGCAGUAUAGCAACUCAUCCACACCCAGGAUGUCCACCAUCUUAUACCAUGAUCGUACACCUCCUUCAGAAGGGACAUCAAGACUCAGAUACUCUGGUAGCGUCAACUUGCCAAGCAGCACUAGGGAGUGUGAGCUUCAUAAUGGCUAACCCAAAGAUAUGUUCAUUGAUGCACACCAUGAAAGGCCCCUCACACCACAACACUGGGGAAGAGGAUGAAGAAGAAAAUUUAAUACAGGAAGAUGAAAACAUUAUAUCACCUGAGGAAAAGAAAGGAAAGGAUAGGGUGUCAGAGGACCAAACAGAAGAGGAGGAAGAUAAAGUAGAAGAGGAGAUAGAAGACAUAAACAAAGAUGAUAUGGUAGAAGAGGAGGAUGCAGCAGAAAAUGGUGAAGAAAUUGAAAAGAUACUUGAAGAGGAGAAGGAAGACACAGACAAAGAAGAUAUGGUAGAAGAGACAGAAGCAGCAGAAGACAUGGUAGAUGAGCAAGUAGCAUUAGAAAAGGAUAUGGCUGGAUCUAUUAACAAAACGCACAAUGGAGAUGAGGGUAGUCAAGAUUCAGCUCCUACAGAUGAGAGAACUAUUGCACAACACUUGCCAUCACGUAAGAAGCCCAAGAUGAGUCACAAUGAGGAGCCCGUUAUUGGUCCCACUCUCGAUGAAAUGUUGGCAGAUUUUGUAGAUUGUGGCCCAGAUGAUUAAAUCUUAAAAAAUUAUAGCAGUAAGGGAUUAAAAAACUUUUUAAGAAA